CAGGCCAGGUGUGUGGAGAGCUGCUGCCCAGGAUUCUUCAAGGUGGCUCAAGAAGGAAAGCCUGUUUGCUGCUAUGACUGUGCUCCAUGCCCUGAAGGGACCAUCUCCAAUCAAGAAGAUGCAGAGCAUUGCUUGAAGUGUCCAGAAGAUCAGCAUCCAAAUACGGCCCGGGAUCAGUGCAUCCCCAAGGUUAUCACCUUCCUCUCCUAUGAGGAAUAUUUGGGGAUCGUCCUCACUGGCAUGGCCCUACUCUUCUCCAUUGCCACAGGAAGCAUUUUGGGAAUCUUCAGGAAAUACCAAGAAACCCCAGUAGUCAAGGCCAACAACCGAGACCUCUCCUACAUUCUGCUUGUCUCCCUCUUGCUCUGCUUUACAUGCUCUUUCCUCUUCAUUGGCCAGCCAAGACGCAUCACCUGCCUCCUCCGACAAACAGCCUUCAGCAUUGUCUUCUCAGUGGCCACCUCUUCCCUCCUGGCCAAAACUGUCACUGUGGUAUUGGCCUUCCUGGCCACCAAGCCAGGCAACAGGGCAAGGAACUGGUUGGGGAGGAGUCUGGCCAACUCCAUAGUCAUCUCCUGUUCCAGCAUUCAAGUAGUCCUCUCCACCAUCUGGCUGGAGACCUCUCCACCCUUCCCAGACUCUGACAUGCACUCCCAGCCUGGGCAGAUCAUCCUGCAAUGCAAUGAAGGCUCUGUGGCCAUGUUCUACUCUGUCCUUGGCUACAUGGGUUUCCUGGCUGCCGUCUGCUUCACGGUGGCCUUCCUGGCCAGGAAGCUGCCCGGGGCCUUCAACGAGGCCAAGCUGAUCACCUUUAGCAUGCUGGUCUUCUGCAGCGUCUGGGUGUCCUUUGUGCCCACCUACCUGAGCACCAGGGGAAAGUACAUGGUGGCCGUGCAGGUCUUCUCCAUCUUGGUCUCCAGUGCUGGGCUGCUGGGCUGCAUCUUCCUCCCCAAGUGCUACAUUAUCCUACUGAGGCCUGACCUGAAUUCCAAGGAGUAUCUCACGAUGAAAAACAAAGCCUAA